AUGGAGUACAGCGCCUCGCCCAAGCCGCAGCUCUCCUCGCGGGCCAACGCCUUCUCCAUCGCCGCGCUCAUGGCCAGCGGCGGCCCCAAGGCCAAGGAGGGCCCCGAGAACACCAUCAAGCCUCUGGAACAAUUCGUGGAGAAGUCCUCCUGCUCUCAGCCUCUGGCCGACUUGCCCGUCUUGGACCCCCAGGGGGAUUUCGGCGGCGGGGGCAGCCCCUCUUCGCUGUGCACCGAGCCCCUGAUCCCCACCACCCCCGUCAUCCCCAGCGAGGAAAUGGCCAAGAUCUCCUGCAGCCUGGAGACCAAGGAGCUCUGGGACAAAUUCCACGAGUUGGGCACCGAGAUGAUCAUCACCAAAUCCGGGAGAAGAAUGUUUCCAACCAUUAGGGUUUCCUUUUCGGGCGUGGAUCCGGAAGCCAAGUUCAUUGUGCUAAUGGAUAUCGUUCCUGUGGACAACAAAAGAUACAGAUAUGCCUACCACAGGUCUUCGUGGCUGGUAGCGGGCAAAGCUGACCCUCCUCUGCCAGCAAGACUGUAUGUACAUCCUGAUUCUCCUUUUACGGGUGAACAAUUGCUGAAGCAGAUGGUGUCCUUUGAAAAAGUGAAGCUCACAAACAAUGAGCUGGAUCAGCAUGGUCAUAUAAUCUUGAAUUCGAUGCACAAAUAUCAGCCCCGGGUGCACAUCAUUAAGAAGAAAGACCAUACCGCUUCCUUGCUUAACCUGAAAUCUGAAGAGUUUAGGACAUUUAUAUUUCCAGAGACGGUGUUUACGGCAGUCACAGCCUACCAGAACCAAUUGAUAACCAAGUUGAAAAUUGACAGCAACCCGUUUGCCAAAGGAUUCAGGGACUCUUCCAGACUCACUGAUAUUGAGAGAGAAAGCGUGGAGAGCCUUAUUCAGAAGCAUUCCUACGCAAGAUCCCCCAUCAGAACCUAUGGGGGAGAUGAAGACGUUCUUGGAGAUGAGAACCAAGCAACACAAAGCAGAGGAUCAGCAUUCACCUCAUCUGAUAACUUGUCUCUCAGUUCCUGGGUCUCGUCGUCCUCGAGUUUUCCCGGAUUCCAACAUCCACAGUCCUUGAGCGCUCUGGGUACCGGUACAGCGUCCUUGGCCACGCCGAUUCCCCAUCCGAUCCAAGGGUCCCUGCCUCCGUACGGCCGCCUGGGAAUGCCUCUCACCCCCUCGGCCCUUGCCAGCUCCAUGCAAGGAAGCGGUCCAACAUUUCCAUCUUUUCACAUGCCCAGAUACCACCAUUACUUUCAGCAGGGGCCUUAUGCAGCGAUCCAGGGACUACGUCACUCCUCUGCCGUGAUGACACCUUUUGUAUGACUGACCUAAAAAGGCCAGGAGCUGAGGCUGGGCCUGAAAAUAAUGAUGGACCUCUUCAAAAGGCCCGUGGA